AUGACGAAAUGUCAGCAUAACCCUCAUGUGGUUAUUGGACAAAAGUGUACCAUUAAUACCGUUAACUACAGAGAUAAAAUGACCAUAAUACCAACUCUUACUACCACUUCUCCCCCUCCGGAAAAUUCCCAAUCACCACUAUCUGCAAAAUCCAACAUCUGCAUAUGGCCCACAGCUGCACAUUCACCAACUGAAUUGAUCUUCCUCAUAAACUCAUUCUUCAACCUCCCUUCUUUACCAAACACCCACCACCAUGUUAAACAACCACCAGCACGACCAAUGUAUAGCUCCCUUCUGCCCCCAACCACAUCAUCACAGGCACCCAUGCAAAGCGCUGCACAGUUUCACUGUCAUCCCCACCAGAGCUCCAACAAUACCCACACAAGGCACACAACCACCCAUGUCGCCACUGCACGGCUCCAUUAUGAGCUGAAUUACUCUCAGGCCCUCCAAACAAAACCAAACCUCCAUGACAUGACAAUACCUAAUGCACACUCAAUCUCCCAUUGA